CCUGAAUAGAAGAGAGCUGCGGAGAGAGAGAGCAUGGUACACCUCAUCACGGAUGCGUGUGAGAUAUUUAUCAACACUCAUUUUAUACUCUCAUAACUUUAGCUGCAUUGCUCUAAGUUUUUUGGGGGGAUUUAUGUGCACAAUUCAACGUGUCUUUGCAGUGGUUUCUCUCUCCAAAUGGCUUGGAUUAUUUCCCCGCGGUGGAAACGCCAAGGGACUGGCGCUGUUUUUCUGCUCUCUGCUUUGAUCGCGGUGAUUGUGACAGGUGACUCCGCCGCGCAGGUUUUCGACAGUUAUGGAUUAUCAUACGCGUUGAGAUCGGAACUAUCAGAGGAUGCUAUAUUGGUGGCCAACAAUGGAAUACGCGUGCCUUUCGGGAGAGCAGUGUUCAUUGAUCCUAUCAAUGAUCUGGUAAUCCAAGUACAGCCGGGAGACAGAUGUAGUAUGACGGUUCUGGAUAACGACCCGCUCUCCCAGAGGCCCGGGCAGCUCUCCCCCAAAAAGUUUCCCUGUGAGUUUGGACCCAAUGACGUAAAGUAUUCUCACUUCGGGUCCAGGAGCCCCCCGCGGGAUAGGGUGAGGCUACAGCUCAGAUAUGACACUCAUACCGACACCAUAAUCAUCCCGUUUAUGAUGGAAGUGGAGGUGAUUUUCACACAGUUGGAAGUGUUAACCAGAAACAUGCCUCUGACUGUUGACAAACUGCUUGGCACUAGUAACCCCAUUGACAGGAAGAUUCUGGAGUUCACCUAUGAUAGAAGUGAGCAUCAGUGUAAAAUAACGUCUCUCUCCAGUGGCAGUGCAUUACCCAGGUAUGGAAAACUUGUGGACGAGGGAAAACUUGGAGAAAUGGUGGAUUGUGAUGAAUUUAUUAAAAUGAAUAUCUGCUAUCAGCACACUUCUGCACACAAAUCACCCAAUAGAGAUUAUUUCCCAAUGAUUGUGGAAUUACAAGAUAAAGAGGGUAAUUUACUGAAGCAGGAGUUUUUCCAGAUGAUGGUGCGUAUAAAGGAUGGAGAGGAGAACACGGCUCCUAAACCCAGCUUCGUGGCCAUGAUGAUGAUGGAGGUGGAUCAGUUUGUGAUGACAGCCAUCACCCCCGACAUGCUGGCUGCCGAGGACAUUGAGUCUAACCCUGACGACCUUAUCUUCAACAUCACCACCCCCCUCUCCUUCGAGGAGGGGUACAUUGUCAGCACAGAUGACCGGAACCUGCCCAUCACCUCUUUCUACCAGGGAGACCUCAAAGAACUAAAGAUAGCCUACAAGCCUCCAUCUGUGGACUCUGAGACAGAACGUAUCUUCCAGAUAGAGUUUGAGGUGGUGGACACUGAUGGGGCUGUGUCUGACCCAUUCGCCUUCAUGAUUGUAGUGAAGCCUAUGAACACGCUUGCUCCAGUAGUCACCAGGAAUACUGGUCAGCUUCUCUAUGAGGGUCAGUCCAGACCACUGUCCAGUUCUCAUAACCUAGGGGUCAGUGACGAGGACAACCUGGAUGAUGUCAGGAUCACGGUGGUCGACGGGCUGCGGCAUGGCCAGCUGACGGUGCUCGGGUCACUCAGGAAGUUCUUCACCCCGGCUGAUCUGGACGGGGGCAUGGUCAUAUACCAGCACGACGGCAGCGACACGUACAGCGACAACAUCAUCUUCCGGAUGACGGACGGGAAGCACGAGGUGGAAUUCCUGUUUCCCCUAACGAUCGUUCCCACGGACGACGAGCCGCCCAUUAUCAACGCUAAUACUGGGUUAAUCCUCUUCAAGAACCAGAUUAUGCUCAUUUCACCACUCACACUGAGCGCUGCAGACAUCGACUCUGAAGACUCCACUAUCAGGUUCACCAUAGAAGCCCCGUUCUCGCCUAUAGGGGAGGUGCUGCUGAGGCAGUCAGAGGCCCCAGCUGACCCAUCCACCUGGAGGUUUAAUGCUGAGGAUGAGCUGUAUGAGAAAGAGGUUACAGAUUGGUUGCAGCAGGAUAUCACAGAUGGGAAACUGUUCUACAGACACACUGGGCCUCACAGCACUGACACAGUCAUGGACCAGUUUGUUUUCCGGGUCCAGGAUGAUAACGACCCCCCUAACCAAUCAGAACAGAGCUCGUUCAUCAUCAAGAUUCUGCCAGUGGAUGACAUAUCCCCUGAGUUGUAUCCUGGUACCACCCUCCAGAUGACCGUACACGAGUACCAGCUCACCUACUUCCGGAAGAAGUUUCUCCGCUACACUGACCUGGACUCAGAGGACAGGGAUCUGAAGUACACCGUCACCCAGCCCCCGACAGACACAGAUGAGAACAGCCCUGUGGUACUGGGGUCUAUUGUGUUAACCGAGAGUCCAGACACUGUAGUGACUGAGUUUACUCAGGCUCAGGUCAACCACCAUAAGAUAUCAUACAACCCACCUGACCUGGAGCUGGGGAUCACAGCCCACGUUCUGCAGGUCCAGUACACGGUGGAGGAUGCGUCAGGGAACACUGUCACCGGAACGUUCUCUAUAUUCCUGCAGCCUGUCGACAACAAGCCACCUCAGAUAACCAACACUGGCUUCACUAUAUUCGAGCGGGGAACGCACAUAAUCACCAUAGCUGAGCUGGAUACUGUAGACUUAGACACGGACAGGAGCCAGAUUUCCUUCACAGUCACUCAGCCCCCUCAGCACGGCACGGUCCAGUACACCUUCACCGACUUGACCAAAGGGGACCAGUUCAACCUGUUGGACAUUGCUAAUGACAGGAUCUCCUACAUCCACAAUGGAGACGAGUCCACCAGCGAUUUCUUUCAGCUGGAUGUCAGUGACGGCGUCCAUGUUGUGACCAUCACCAUCAGGGUUACUGUGAAGCCCAUCGAUGACGAGACCCCGACCAUCACCCUCCCGGCCGGAACCAUUGGCUCCUACAUCGACGUCCUGGAGAACGGAGCUACGGAGAUCACGACUAACGUCAUCCAGGGGCAGGAUGAGGACACGGACGACCUCCGUUUGACCUUUAUCCUGGAGGACCCACCGGUUCUUGGUGAGAUCCUGGUGAACGGGGUUCAAUCAGGGAGCUUCACCCAGGCUGACAUCAUCAACGGACUGGUGGUGUACACCCACACCAGUGGAGAGAUCGGCCUCACCACUAAAUACGACUACUUUAACCUGACGCUGACCGACAUGUCUGAUGAGUGGACGGUAGGGGGCAACAGGGUCACUGGGGUUAGGGUACAGAUCACCAUCCUCCCCAUGGACAGCCAGGCUCCAGAGGUGUUCGUAGGCCCACAGUUCACUGUUGUAGAGGGAGAGAAGAAUGUGAUUGAGAUUCUUCACAUUAGUGCUGAUGAUAUUGACACUCCUAAUGAUGACCUGCUUUGUACCAUCAUCGUACAGACCACGUCAGGCUACGUGGAGAACAUCUCCCCUGCCCCAGGCUCAGAGAAGUCCAGGUCUGGGACUGCGAUCAGUGCAUUCACCAUCAAGGACAUCAGACAGAACCACAUCUACUAUGUCCAAAGCAUCCAUAAGGGAGUGGAGCCGGUCGAGGACAGGUUCACGUUCAGAUGCUCAGAUGGCAUCAACUUCUCCGAGAGACAUUUCUUCCCCAUCGCUAUCAUCCCGUCCAACGAUGAGAAGCCGGAGAUCUAUAUGAGGGAGUUUGUCGUUAUGGAAGGGAUGAAUAUUGUUAUCGAUACGCCCAUCCUGAACGGAGCCGACGCGGACAUCCCCUCGGCCGAACUCACAUUCAUCAUCACCAAACCACCCAAGCACGGCUUCAUCCUCAACCAGCUGACCACUGACACCGUCACAGUCACCAACUUCACCCUGGACCAGAUCAGGGAAGCCUCCAGUAUAGUGUACGAACACGACGACUCUGAGACCAACGAGGACAGCUUUGACUUAAUCCUGACGGACGGUAAAUAUACCGUGGAGAAGACCAUCAUUGUUAUGAUCAUCCCUGUAGAUGACGAGACACCCAGGAUGGCCAUCAACGACGGUCUGGAGCUAGAGAUAGGAGACGUUAAAGUGAUCGAUAACAAUGUUUUAAAAGCCACCGACCUGGACUCUGAGGAUAGUACUCUGACGUACGUUGUUCGCUACGGGCCGGGCCAGGGGUUGUUACAGAGGAGAACCCCUUACGGGACGUUAGAGAACAUCACAGUGGGGAUGAACUUCACCCAGUACCAGGUGGACCAGGCUCUCAUCGUCUAUAUCCACAACGGGCAGGAAGGAAUCCGGGACCUUAUCAAGUUUGACGUGACGGACGGCAUCAACCCUCUGAUCGACAGGUACUUCUACGUGACGGUGGGCGGCAUCGACAUGGUGUUCCCUGACGUGGUCAGUAAGGGGGUCUCUCUGAAAGAAGGCGGUAGAGUAACGUUGACCACAGACCUGCUCAGCACCAGUGACCUCAACAGUCCCGACGAAAACCUGGUUUUCACCAUCACCAGAGCCCCACAGAGAGGCCAUCUGGAGUGUACUGAUGGCCCUGGCAUGCCCAUCUCCUCCUUUACCCAGCUCCAGCUAGCUGGGAGCAAGGUGUACUACAUCCACACGGCCGAUGAUGAGGUCAAGAUGGACAGCUUUGAGUUCGAGGUCACCGACGGUUACAACCCUGUGUUCCGCACUUUCCGUGUCUCCAUCACCGAUGUGGACAAUAAGAAACCGGUUCUAACGGUUCACAGCUUGGUGGUUAACGAGGGAGAGAACAAACUCAUCACGCCCUUCGAGCUGACCGCAGAGGACCGCGACACAGCUGACCGCCUCCUGAAGUUCACGGUCACCCAGGUCCCUGUCCACGGUCGUCUCCUCUUCAACAACACCCGCCCCGUCACCUCCUUCACCAAACAGGACCUGAACGAGAACCUCAUCAGCUACAAACACGACGGUACUGAGUCCUCCAAGGAUUCCUUCUCCUUUACCGUGACUGACGGGACGCACACCGACUUCUAUGUGUUCCCAGACACCGUGUUCGAGACGCGGCGCCCCCAGAUGAUGAAGAUCACGGUCCUGUCGGUGGAUAACGGGGUGCCCCAGAUCGUGGUGAAUAAAGGAGGGCCCACCCUGAGGGUGUUAGAGACGGGUCACCUGGGGUUCCUCAUUACCUCUAAGACUCUUAAGGCCGAGGACAGGGAUAGUCUUCAGCUGUCUGUCACCUUUAAGAUCACCGUGGGACCAGAGCAUGGAUACCUCAUCAACUUGGGUGCAGGCAACGCUACCGUCACCACAUUCACUCAAGCUGAAAUUGAUGACAUGAAGAUUUGCUACAUACUAAGAGAUGGUGGCAAUGCUACGAGUGACAUCUUCUAUUUCUCCAUUGAGGACAAUGGAGGCAACAGGCUGAAGAACCAGGUGUUCAGGCUGAACUGGGCCUGGGUCUCCCUGGAGAAGGAGUACUAUGUGGUGGACGAGGAGGCCAAGUACCUGGAGGUGGUCCUCAAACGACGAGGAUACCUGGGAGAGACAUCCUUUGUCAGCAUCGGCACCAGAGAUGGUACGGCGGAGAAGGAUAAGGACUUUCGUGGUAAAGCCCAGAAGCAGGUCCAGUUUAACCCAGGUCAGAGCACGGCUACAUGGAGGGUGAGGAUCUUGCAGGAUGGAGUGUACGAGCAGUCUGAGGCCUUCCAGAUUGUUCUGUCAGAACCUGUCAUGGCUGCCCUGGAGUUCCCUGACACAGGCACUGUGGAGAUCCUCGACCCAGCUGAUGAGUCGACAGUGUUCAUCCCGUCUGCAGUCUACCCUGUAGAGGAGGACAUUGGGGAGCUGCUGAUCCCAGUACGCAGGAGUGGUGACAUCACACAGGAACUCAUGGUCAUCUGCUACACACAGCAAGCCACAGCUACAGGGACCAUCCCCACUACAGUCCUGUCCUACUCUGACUACAUAUCCAGACCUGAGGAACACAACAGUGUCCUGCGCUUUGAUAAGGGCGAGAUGGAGAAGUCCUGUCGUGUGGUGAUCAUAGAUGACUCUCUGUAUGAAGAGGAGGAGAGCUUCAACGUUACCCUCAGUAUGCCCAUGGGAGGCUGUCUGGGACAGGAGUACCACACUGCCAGGGUCACCAUCAUACCUGACCUGGAUGAUGCUCCAGGAUUCUACUUCGGAGACACAGACUACCGUGUGGAUGAGAGUGAUGGUUAUGUGGAGGUCAAGGUGUAUAGGACAGGCACUGACCUCUCUAAAACAGCCACGGUCACUGUACGCUCCAGGAAAACAGACCCUGUCUCUGCUGAAGCCGGUGUGGACUACGUAGGGAUCAGUCGUAACCUGGACUUUGCACCGGGGGUCAGCCAGCAGACGUUCAGGGUGACCAUCCUGGAUGACCUGGGUCAGCCGGUGCUGGAGGGGACCGAGACAUUCGAGCUGGUCCUCCGCAUGCCCAUGAACGGCAUCCUGGGAGAACCGGGGAAGGCCACCAUCCUCAUCAAUGACUCCGUCUCCGACCUGCCCAAGGUGCAGUUCCGUGAUGCCAUGCACAUGGGGCAUGAGAACUCCGGUCAGAUCUCAGUCAUGGUGUAUCGUAGUGGAGACAUCAGUUACAGGUCAACCGUCCGCUGUUAUACCAGACAAGGCACUGCUCAGGUUAUGAUGGACUUCAACGAACGACCCAACACGGACGCUUCCAUCAUCACCUUCCUACCAGGGGAGGUGGAGAAGCCGUGUGUUCUGUCUCUGGUUGAUGACACGGAGCAUGAGGAGGAGGAGGAGCUGAGGCUGCUGUUGGGGUCGCCCCGCAGUGAGUCUCCGUUCGGAGCGUCAAUCGGGAAACAGAACGAGACUCUGGUCAAGAUCAUGGACGACGCAGACAAGGCCAUCAUCAAGUUUGGGGAGACUAAGUUCAGCGUGAGUGAGCCUAGCGGGGCAGGCCAGGUGUCCAUAGCGAAGAUCCCAGUGCUGAGAGUAGGAGACACCUCCAAGGUCUCUGUGGUCCGCGUCCACACCAAGGACGGAUCAGCCACCUCCGGAGAGGACUACCAUCCUGUAUCUGAAGACAUUGAGUUCAAGGAGGGUGACACAGAGCACUACAUCGAGGUGGAGAUCUUGUUUGAUGGAGUCAGAGAGAUGAGAGAAGCCUUCACGGUCCACCUGAAACCUGAUGAGAAUAUGGUGGCUGAGACGCAGAUGAAUAAGGCCAUUAUCUACAUAGAGGAGACCAACAGCAUGGCGGACGUCACCUUCCCCUCCGUCCCCCAGGUGUUCUCCCUACUGCAGUAUGACGACACCUCCAGAGCCAGACACACACCCCCAGUGGCAGGCUACCCCGUCGUCUGUGUCACGGCUUGUAACCCUAAGUACCCUGACUACGACAAGACUGGCUCCAUCUGCAUCAGUGAGCACAUCAAUGACACACUGACACGCUAUCGAUGGUUGGUCAGCGCUCCAACCAGCCUGGACGGGGUCACCAGCUCCAUGAGAGAGGUGGACUUUGAUACCUUCUUCUCCUCCUCCAAGAUCAUCACCUUGGACUCUGUCUAUUUCCAGGCUGGCUCUAGGGUGCAGUGUGCAGCUCGUGCUGUGAACUCUAAUGGAGAUGAGGGCCUGGAACUCAGCAGCUUCAUAGUCUCCAUCAGUAUAGAGGAUGGUAUGUGCCAGCCUCGUGUGGUGGGUACAGUGGGCGCUGAGCCCUUCUCUGCCAAGCUACGCUACACCGGAGCAGAGGACCCAGACCAUCCCAACCUCAUCAAGAUCACUGUCACCAUGCCACACAUAGACGGCAUGCUCCCUGUGGUCUCCACCCGUCCUAUGUCUAACUUUGAGCUGACGUUGAGUCCUGAUGGUACUCGUGUGGGGAACCACCGCUGUUCUAACCUGCUGGACUACACCGAGGUCAAGACCCGCCACGGCUUCAUAACCAACGCCACCAAGAACCCUGAGGUGAUCGGGGAGACCUCUCCCUACCAGUACAGCACCCCCCUGAGGGGAUCCAGCGUACUGCGCUUCUACAAGAAUCUCAACCUAGAGGCCUGUCUAUGGGAGUUCACUAGUUACUAUGACAUGUCUGAGCUACUGUCAGACUGUGGAGGGACCAUCGGUACAGACGGACAGGUGUUGAACCUGGUCCAGUCCUAUGUGACCCUCCGGGUGCCCCUCCACGUCUCCUAUGUGUUCCACUCCCCGGUUGGGGCAGGGGGCUGGCAGCAUUUUGACCUGCAAUCUGAGCUACGACUCACCUUCGUAUACGACACUGCCAUCUUGUGGCGGGACGGCAUCGGCAGCCCUCCUGAGGCUGAGCUACAAGGAGCCCUGUACCCCACCAGUAUGCGUAUCAAUGAACAGGGUCGUCUGGUGGUCAACUUCAGAACAGAGGCUCGAUUCAGAGGACUAUUUGUCAUAUCACACUCUGCUUCCUCUCUGUCGUCCAUGGUGAUGUGUGCGGACCACCCUGGGGUGACCUUUAACCUCAGCCUGGUGAGGAGCGAGCCCACCUACAACCAGCCCAUGCAGCAGUGGACCUUUACAUCAGACUUCGCUGUGCGUGACUACUCAGGUACCUACACGGUGAAGCUGCUGCCCUGUACCUCUCCUCCCAGUCUGGAGUACUCCCUGCCUCCUGUCUGUAACCCCAGAGAACCUGUCACCUUUGACCUGGACAUACGCUUCCAGCAGGUGAGUGACCCGGUUGCGGCUGAGUUCAGUCUGAACACACACAUGUUGCUGCUGUCUAAGAGAACUUUGUGGCUGUCUGACGGAUCCAUGGGCUUCGGACAGGAGAGCGACACAGCCUUCUCACAGGGUGACAUGAUAUAUGGCAGAGUGAUGGUGGACCCAGUCCAGAACCUGGGGGAUUCCUUUAUCUGUAACAUAGAGAAGGUGUUCCUGUGCACCGGCGCGGAUGGAUACGUGCCCAAGUACAACCCCAACAACAAUGAGUACGGCUGUCUGGCUGAUGCUCCAUCGCUGCUUUACAGAUUCAAAAUCAUUGAUAAGGCCCAGCCAGAGACCCAGGCCAGGUCGUUUGGUAACGUGGGGUUCAGGGCUCUGCUGGCUGUAGACGACCCUGAGGCCCUGGCCCUGGUCAGACAGCCUGGAUCUGACGGCUUCAGCAUGGACUCUACAGCACUGUUCCAGGUGUCAGCAGGGAGAGAGUGGUUCAUCCACACCAUCUACACCGUCCGCUCCAGAGAGAAUGCUAACAGGGGCAUCGGGAAGAGAAGUCUGGAGUACCACACACUCACCCAACACAGCAGUUUGGCUGCAGGAGGCCACUCCCUGACCCAACACAGCAGCAUGGACAGAGAAACCCAGCGUCAAACUAUGGCUGCAGGAGGACCGUCCCAGUUUCGCUCCAGGCGGUCAGCAAACAGGGUGCCAGACCUGACAGAGGACAUCGGCCUGGACAACAACCGAGGCACCAACAUUCUCCAUAUCGCCCUGGACCUCAGCCGCCAGCGCCGCACCAGCCCCGACCGGGAGGUCCUCACUCGGGGUGUGGUGCCCAGGGAGCUGAACCAUCCUGAGGAGAGCGAGGACAGCCUGGUCCUGAUCAUAGGGAUCCUGGUGGGCCUCCUCCUCACCAUCCUCAUCAUCAUCGUCAUAGUGCUAACCGUACGGUCCAGACAGGAGAAGAAGAAGAUGGAGGUUCCCACAACAACGUCAAGCUCCACUGAGCCCAUGGUGACAUCAGGGUUCACUUGCGGUGGCUUGGACAGUUCAGAAGUCUGACGGACAGACAGACAAACGGACUUCCUUCGACAUGACCACUGAGACAGAAAGACCGAUGGACAGAUAUUCUCCACAGAAAAAAAAACACUGACAGAUGUUUUUUUUUUUUUUUGUGUGCUUUUUUUUUGCAAGUGCCUCUUUUACAUUUGGAUAUAAAGAGAGGGAGGGGACAACUGAAACAACACAGUCGGCAAUGAGAGCUUUGGUUCCGUACAAAAACCUACUUGAAAUCCUGCAGUCCUUCUGCUCUGCUGUAGGGGAGACCAUAGAGGUUAAACAAUCUCUCUCUAUGGGGAGAGCCCCAUCUAGGGCAGUACCUGUAACCUGUUCUGUUCAAGGCACUUGCCAGCAUUCAUUAUUGCUUUGUUUUAUGAUGUUACACUUGAUCCCAAAAAUGCCUCUGUCCUGUAGGAUGGAUGGUGGUCCUGUGAGUUGGUAGAAGGACAUGUAGCAGGGCUAUUCAACUCCAGGCCUGUAGGGCAGGUUAACUGCUAAUGGUCUUUUCUACCUGGUAGUUGAUUGAUUGAUUGUCACUGAUUGGCAGUAGAGUUCCAUGAUGUAAUCAGUUUCUGGUUAGAAUGAAAGAAUGAUAACCAGAAGUGUUUCAGCCUUCCAGGCCCAUAGUUGAAUACCGGUAUUCCUGGUAUUCAGUAUUCAAUAUGAUUGCAAAGUUGUCAUAGAACUGUCAUAGUUGUCAAUGUGUAUGUUUGUUUUCCCGUGUCAAGCCACUGUCAAUAGUCUGCUAACACUGGGAAUAUGUACUACUGUAAUGUUCUACUGUAGCUCUCUGUCAAACCUGGGUUCAAACAUUAUUUUAAAUCUGUCAAGUAUAUUAGCUUUAGCCUGCUUUUUAUAUUGGUCCCACUGCAACAGGCAAGCUCAAUUGAUCACAGCUGAAGUAUUUUACAUGAUUUAAAAUAGUAUUUGAAACCAGGUCUGCUCUCUAUACUGUAGUAUGGAGGCUGAUUCAUGUUGAAGUUCAACAGGUGCCUAAGAAUCCACUGGAUGUUAUACUGUAGUGAGUGUCCCAAAUGGCACCCUAUUCCCUAUUUUGCACUAUUGGUAGUGCACUAUAUAGGGAAUAGGGUGUAAUUUGGGAUGAAUACUUAGAUUUUCUCUAUUACAUGGUUAUUCUAUUUGUUUUUGUUUGUAUUAAUGGUUAUCUAUCAUUUGUGCCUGCUUCUGAUUUUGUAUUGUCUUUAAAAUAAUUGCUUAAACUUGUAUAAUAAUGUGUAAUGCAGAUUUGGGGGAAAAUGUGUCUAAUCUACUGUAGCUAAUUCAGACUCAGUUACAUGUUUUUCUAUCCUAACAGAGUUCCAAGUUGAUCACAAUUUUGGGGGGGAUAAUUGUUCUCUCGAUAGUCCCAAAAUCACGGUUGUAGUGACUUUCUAUAGCUAUCUCCCAAAUGGCAUCCUAUUCCCUAUUUAGUGCACUACUUUUGAUCAGAGGUACCAUAUAGGGAAUAGGGUGCCAUUUUGAACAUAUCCUAUAUCAGUGUGGUCCUGUAUUUGAAUACAUACAGUACUGAAUUGAAUCUAAUGAGAAAAGGUAUAUCCUGUAGGGGAGAGUAGGUAAGUUGAGCCAUUUUUUACAUUCAGCAUCACUCCAUCAAUGGAAAUCUAGUAUUCUUUCUAACAAAGAUAUCUACAUAUAUUUCAGGAUGUUGUGUAUCCCUGAAAAUAAUCAGAAUUCAUGUAAACAUUACAGUUUUGAAAACAUAGCUUGUCCAAAGAAAGUGAUAUCUUGGCACGACUUACCCCUGCACAUUUCUGUACUGAAUGAAAUAUUACCAGUACCUUUCUAAAACCAUGUCUAUCUUUACUUUCCAAACACAAUUCAUCACAAUCACUUUUGUGUAUUUUAGCCUUUCAUUAUACCUGGGAAGAAAACAUUUACUAAACUUAUCACAAGGCAAACAGUUUGACUAUAUUAGCCCACAAAGCUACAAGGAUGCACAUUCAUGCUAGGUUUAGGACCUCAUAUUGUAGCUUAUAGACCCCAACUGAUGUAUAGAACAAUGAUACGACUACCUAUUUUGGUUUAGAUACAAGCAUCUUGAAACCUCUAACACAAUAAAUUCAUUUGACUUGGUGAAAAUCUGUUUUUUGGAACAUACUUGCUUGCUUACCACUUUUUCCAAGUGGUUUCUUCCUUCAGACUCCAUGAAAUGAUGACCUCUUCCUAAAUAUUUGGUCAAAUUAUUCAUUUUGUGUAUGGUUUCCUUGAGACAAGAGUGGCUCAACUUACCCCUUUGACUCAACUUACCCAACUCUCCACUAGUGAGUUGAUUUUAAAGACAGCUGGUCUGCAAUGUACUGUUUAUAGCAGCUCUGGAUGGAUCCACUAGGCACAGACUCAUCAUAUAGUGAGUAGCUUAUUCCCUAAAUAGGGAGUAGGGUGCUAUUCUGGACUAACUCUGUUUCUCUACAGGGCUAUGAAGUGACUGAUCUGUACCAAAUGUUCUCCAAAGGUUUUACAUUCAUAUUUGGUAUCUUACUAUAAAAACAUUCAUAAUGGGCCAUGAAUAUUGGCUGCAUCCCAAAUGGCACCCUAUUCCCUUUAUAGUUCACUACAUUUAUAGUAGUGCGCGAUAUCGAGAAAUGGGUGCCAUUUGGGUCUCCGACCAGAAGGGAAAACCAACUAUGAUCUACUACAAUCUAAAUCAUGGCUGUUAGAGAUGUAUGUUUAUACAUUACAGAAGUAUUUAUUUGUUCACAUAAAUAUCCAUAGGGAUUUUGCCAAUAAUAAAGAUCUGAUAUUUGUUUCCCUCUGGAGAUAAUUUUCUAAUCUGCCACAAACCACAUAAAAUAUGUUUCAGACAUGGUUGCCACUUUUGCAAUGUAAUGAUGCAUAAAGAAAAGGUAUAGACCAUCACCUUGUCAAUAGAUGCCCCAGUUAUAAUACUAAGAUAACAUACAAUGACCUCCAUACUGUAUCUAUAGAUAGUGACUUCAUAUACCCACUACUUUAUAAACUUCCGAUUUCUAUAUUGUUUGCUGUUUAAUUUUUGAAAACAUAAAUGCUAUGCAACUUACAAUAUCAUACCACUAAAGUAGAAUCCCAAUAUUUCUUUGUUUUUGAAUAUGAUUAUUUUUGCUGAUUUUUAUAUUUUGUCACUGUACCACCAAUAGCUCUUAUAUCAUGUUAUUAACACCACCAUUAUGAUUUCAGGAUUUUGUUGAAUGCAUCUAAUGCCUGUGUGAGUGUAUACACAUGUAUGUAAUAUAUGUACUGCGAAUAAAUAUAUCGUUUGGAUGUUUUGGGAAUUAUCAAUGUUAAAGGCAUAUGUGCUGUAAGUAUUUGUAACAUAGACCUAAAGCACAAAGUGGUCUGCAAAUAAAGUGUUUUCAAGGAAA